AUGAACAGGCCUCUGGAAAAUUACUCUUUUAUUCUUUUCACUUCCCUGUUAAUUUCCAUUUCUCUUUUUCGUGUUACAUUCUUCUCUUCUUCUUCUUCUUCCCUGAUAAUUUACAUUCUUCUCUUCUUCUUCUUCUUCCCUGGUAAUUUACAUUCUUCUCUUCUUCUUCUUCUUCCCUGUUACAUUCUUCUCUUCUUCUUCUUCUUCCCUGUUACAUUCUUCUCUUCUUCUUCUUCCCUGGUAAUUUACAUUCUUUUCUUCUUCUUCUUCCCUGUUACAUUCUUCUCUUCUUCUUCUUCCCUGAUAAUUUACAUUCUUCUCUUCUUCUUCUUCCCUGUUACAUUCUUCUCUUUCUUCUUCUUCCCUGGUAAUUUACAUUCUUCUCUUCUUCUUCUUCCUGGUAAUUUACAUUCUUCUCUUCUUCUUUUCCCUGGUAAUUUACAUUUUCUUCUUCUUUUCCCUGGUAAUUUACAUUCUUCUCUUCUUCUUCUUCCCCUGGUAAGUUACAUUCUUCUCUUCUUCUUCUUCUUCCCUGUUACAUUCUUCUCUUCUUCUUCUUCCCUGGUAAUUUACAUUCGGCUCUUCUUCUUCCCUGGUAAUUUUCCUUUGUCUUUGGAAAUAUGUUUUCUUCAUUUUCCUGAAAAUUUUCCUUCUCUGAAUAAUAAUUUUAUAAUUUCCCUUCCCAUUUUCUUUAAUAAUCUACCUUCUUCUCUGGUAAUUUUCCCUCUUUUCUAUCGGGACUUUCCUUCUUUCUAA